CCCGGAGGGCGGAGUCCAGGCGGGCGCCGGCCAAGGGAGGGGGCGCGGCGUCCGUGAAGUCCGGCGCUCCCUCAGGCCAUGGAGGCGAUGCUGGCUGCUGCGGGGCAGGCGGCUGGGCAGAUGGGAAUGUGACCAGACUGGCCCUCGCCUCUGUUCCAUCCUCGGGCUGGCAGGUCGCUGGGCGACCCGCAUCCGGGCCGCGGCCGAGGAGGCAGCGCGACCUCCGCACGAUUCUGUCAAGUUUUAAGAACAAAUGCACCUUAUAGCUCAUGGAAGAAAAAACACAAAUCAAGACGUUUUUGGGUUCCAGGCUGCCAAAAUAUGGAACAAAAUCUGUGAGAAGUACACUGCAGCCAAUGGCAAAUGGGGCCACUGUGACUUUAUUAGGGACAUCCAAGAACAGUAAUGUCAAAAGUUACAUCAAAAAUAAUGGCUCUGAUUGUUCAUUGUCCCAUUCAUUUAAUUGGAGGCAAGCAAAUAAGUACCAAUUUGGUUCAGAAAAUACAGCAGAACGUAACAGUAUUCAGAGUGCACAUGAUAAACUAAUUGAUCCUGAGCAACAUGCUCCUGCUCCAGGAACGCUGGAUGGGAGCGGGAUAAAGGGAGGCUUGAAAAGUGCUUCCUUGUUCACAUCCAAGUUAGCAAGACCAUCCACCAUGUUUUUGUCAUCUACAGAGGAGUUAAAUCAAAAAUCUUUUUCUGGACCAUCUAACUUGGGUAAAUUCACCAAAGGCACAUUACUAGGAAGGACUUCAUAUUCUUCGGUCAAUGCGAAGUCACAUUUGAAUACGUUUUAUAGGAACCAAUCACCUGGUAACAUGCAGAAGCCAAGAGUGAACUCCUGUGCCACCAGAAGCAGUUCUGGAGAAAGUUUAGCACAGUCCCCAGACAACACUAAAUCUAUUACUUGUGAAAAAAUGGUAAGGUCACAAAGUUUUUCACAUUCCAUUCAGAAUUCAUUCCUCCCGCCUUCAUCCAUAACGAGAUCACAUUCCUUCAACAGAGCUGUAGACCUUACAAAGCCUUAUCAGAACCAACAGCUACCUGUUCGCAUGCCUCUCCGGUCAGGUAUGCUAUCAAGAAAUUCUCGGCAGUCAGAAGUACUCAAUGGGAAUGAACAUUUGGGGUUUGGUUUUAAUAGGCCUUAUGCUGCUGGUGGAAAGAAAUUGACCUUAUCCAAUGGCCCAGGUGUAUCUUCUACUUUGGGUUAUAGGAUGGUUCAUCCCUCUCUACUGAAAUCUGGCCGACCUUCAUAUUCUGGGACUAUGACAGUUGAUAGUAAUAAAAAUUCUCCUGCUGACAUGUGUGUAGAAGAAGAAGCUAUAGUUUUGGCAAAGGAUGGCUCUACUGGUAAGGACCAAGAACUAGUUGAAAAUGAAAGUUAUCAAACAGACAAUGAUCAGACCAUAAAGCAUGAGUCUAAAAUUAGGUACCUGAGUGAUGAUGUGGAUGAUAUUUCCUUGUCAUCUUUGUCAUCUUCUGAUAAGAAUGAUUUAAGUGAAGAUUUCAGCGAUGAUUUUAUAGACUUAGAGGACUCCAACAGAACUAGAAUAACUCCAGAGGAAAUUACUCUCAAAGAAGAAAAGUGUGAAAACGGACCAUCAAAGGAUAUAUUUGAUUCUUCUAAGGAAAACGAACAGAUCUUCAGUAAAGCUGAUGAGUGGAUCGAUAUAAGUGUCUCUGACAGGAGUGAAUGUACAAAGCAUAAUACCACUGGAAAUAACUUGAUUUCACCAGAUACGGAUUACAGAGCUGGGUCUUCGUUUGAACUCUCUCCAUCUGAUAGCUCUGAUGGAACAUACAUGUGGGAUGAAGAGGGCCUGGAACCCAUUGGAACUGUCCAUCCUGUUGGCAGCUAUGAGUCCUCUGAAAUGAACAGCAUAGAUAUUCUGAAUAAUCUUGAAUCAUGUGACCUUGAGGAUGAUGAUCUUAUGCUGGAUGUGGAUUUGCCGGAGGAUGCACCUCUUGAAAAUGUGGAGUGUGACAAUAUGAAUCGCUUUGACCGAGCAGACAGAAAUGUACGACAGUCACAGGACGGAUUUUGGAAAAGAGCACCCCAGAGGUGGAGUGGACAGGAGCAUUACCACCUUAGCCACCCUGAUCACUAUCAUCACCAUGGGAAAAGUGACUUGAGCAGAGGCUCUCCUUAUAGAGAAUCCCCUUUGGGUCAUUUUGAAAGCUAUGGAGGGACUCCCUUUUUCCAGGCUCAGAAGAUGUUUGCUGAUGUGCCAGACAACACAGUGAUACUGGAUGAGAUGACCCUCCGGCAUAUGGUCCAGGACUGCACGGCUGUAAAAACGCAGUUACUCAAGCUCAAACGUCUAUUGCAUCAGCAUGAUGGAAGUGGAUCAUUGAAUGAUGUUGAGCUAUCAUUGUCAUCCAGUCCAGAGCCAGAAGAUGGUGAUCAGAUAUAUAAGAAUGAAGAUUUAUUAAAUGAAAUAAAACAACUUAAAGAGGAAAUAAAGAAAAAAGAUGAAAAAAUUCAACUAUUAGAGCAUCGGCUUGCAACCCGGUGUAACUGCCAUCAGAAAUCUAAAGAUCAAAAGUGUAUAUAUGCUGAUAAAUUUACCCAGACACCCUGGAGAAGAAUCCCUCCUCAAGUACUACAGCCUUCCAGCAGCCUUCCCAGACCUACAGACCACGCCCAGGGAAAACUAAUAAAGCCACAACAUAUCGAGGCCCACAGUGAAUACACAGUCCAAGACAUGUGUCAGGGUGGUGCACACCCAGAUGGAAGCUUUACACAUGGCUUGCAACAAGAAAACAGCUAUGGUUUGGAAGACCGUCCUUUUUCGUCAAGCCCACAGUUCCCAAUGGAUGUGGUGAAGGACGUACCUUCAGAAACGAACCUGAUGAAUGCUCAAGAGCCUCAUCAUUUGGCAAAGAAUCAACCUAGUGACAUGCAGAUUGUACCUACUCCUCCUCAGACACCUUCCCAGUCAAGUACGGUAAACCAGACAAAGAGGGUUAGAAGAAACCAGUCUCCUCAACCCAAGUCCUUGCAGCAUUCAAAGCCAUCCAACUUGAGUUCUUUGGCACCUCCUCCAGAUUCUGAUUCAUCACCAAGUAGGACUUCCACAUGUAAGAAGGCACCAGUAAUCGCACCAUGUAAUUCAAAACAUCAGCCAACGUCUAAUCACAACAAUCUUUCAAAUAAUUUGAAUCUGAAAGUAUCUAAACUCCGUCCCCCUUCUGGCUCAUUCAAACAAAAACAAAUAAGCAAUCCCCAACCAGAGCCUCAAAAUUUCCAGGUCAAGACAAGCAUCCCAAGGCCAUUAGCACGAUCAAAAGAACUGCAGAAUCCACAUAGCAAUUUGCAUUCUGGGGAUUAUGUGGCCUCUAAUCGAUAUUCUCGUCUUCCUAAACCAAAGAUACAUUAAGUGCAUAGCCAUCACCUGCCACUUUGUCUUUUGAAAACAGUCUGCUCUGUUAAUAGCGUUAUGUGCAGUUUAUUACUAUGUUGGAGGUUCCAUUACAGCAAAUCUUAAAAUUAAAAGGCAGAAGCUUCUAAUAGUUUGGCUCUUCCAUUUUCUAUCCUAGUUGAACUAUAUACCAUUUGCACAUUCUUGUCUCAGGUAAACACAAGUUUACUUAUCCAUCUCAGAGGCCCAAGUCAUACUAUUCAGCCCUCUUUCUGCACACCAGAAAAGUCAAAGUAUUCCAUUUAUCAGGCAAUAUAUGUACUUUGCUAAUUUAGUCCUGUUGUGGUCCAUAACUGUGGUUAUCAAAACACCACCCCUCUACUUAUUCCUACUGUGAAUGUGGUUGAUCUUUUAACUAAAGAUCCAUAGUGAUGAUGGAAGAUGAUUGUCCAUAAACAGGGUACUGGAUAGUGUUUCGUAUGCUUAUGAGAUCUAUGCAAAAUUUCCACAAUGAUUAAAGACCAGGCUUUUAGUGGAGGAUUCCUUGUAGGUUUUAUCCCUCCUUUCUAAGCUCAAUAAUAUAGUCCUACCAUUUUUCCAUUUAUCAGAGAAAUUCCCCAGGCUAACAGUUUUUAUUACCAAAUAUAUUUUGUUAUAUGUAACACCUUGUUUCAUAUACACAUGUACUAUUUGCUUACAUUGCUAUUAGGUAAAUUUGGAGAGCUUGAGAUGCCUAAGGAUAUAAUGCUUGUAACCUUUGUUGGUGCUAGAAUUUUGCUGAUGUGUUUUAAACCUUAUUAAUUUAUGGAUUCAUCAUAUUAUUUUAGGUUUCCACAACAUACUUUGAAAAUUUUAAAUUAAGUCUUUAUUAUAAUGUUUGUAUUUAUUUGGACUAUUUGUUAAUAUCUGAAGACUAGAAUAAUGGACUUGAAAUAUUUGCACAAAAUUUUGAUGCAAUAUAAGGAAUUUAGAGCUCAUUUUCUUUAAAAGUGAGUUAAAACACUUUAAGAAAAUAUAUAUAAAUUUAAGACUAUCACAAUAAGUUUCUUUUCUGGGUUUUCUGAGUUUCCCUUUUUUAUUUUUGAAGGACAGUUUCUUGAAACAUAGAUUUUGGGAAAAACGAAAUUGUAGAUAGGAAACUGUACUUCCUUAAGAGAUGCUGCAGAUGGUAGCUGUGAGGCCUCCAGGUAACCAUGUACAGGAACCCAGCCAUGCUGCCAGCCAUUUCUCAAGCAGUUGCCCAACCCAUGCCAUCUUCAGGCUGGUAUCUGAUUAGCUGGCUAAAAAACAACAACAACAAAAUGUAUCAAAAGGAAUUAUGGCCAAAACAGUGAAACUGCUAGGGCUUCCUUUUUAAAUGUAAGUAGGUUACAAAGAAAAGCAUGGUAUCAAAUGCAUUGUGGGAAGCUUUAAAGUCACAUUUGCUGCCAAUUGGGGGCAGUCUUCCCUUACAUGUCACAACCCCUCAAAUAAAUUUGCUGUUUGGUGAGCUGACCUUUCUUGGGUUUGGGAAUGGGUGAACAUAGUCUCACACCAUAGCACUUUAAUCAGAGAAGAACAGAUGCUCAGGAUAACCCUGAACAUAGGCCAGGUGCUAUUGCAUCAUCAUGCUGUGAGCAAAAGCAUCUCUUCGUUCAUGAAAGUGAGCCAGGUUGGCUGCAGCUGUAUGUAAGCACAUGUGCUUUCCCCUAUGGAGAAUGAAAACUGCUCAUGCAUUGCCUAUCAGCUACAAUCAUACCCUAUUCCCUGCAAUAGAGCAUACUAAUGUAUUUUUUUUAUUAGAUAUUUGUAUAGACUUUUGUGAAAUACUUUUGCAAGUUGGCCUUAUCCUUAGGGGAAAGUUUAAAUUUUUAAAUUUAUUUAUAGCCCUCUUGUCUAAGGGAAAUGUCUUUGUCGUCUAUUAGAUAAAAAUGUUGAUUCCAGUAAUUUGUCUAUUCUAAUCUCUGGCCUAUAAUUUUAUUUUUCCCCUGAUGAAUUUGCAGAAAUGUUUAUCUGCCAGUUCACUCUCUGGACUUUGUUGAACCUUAGUCCUGAUAGAUAGGGAGGCUUAUCAACAUAGUUUUGGUUUUUUUGUUUGUUUUGUUUUUGUUUUUGUUUUUUCCUUGAGAUAAGAGCCUCACAUAUCCCAGGCUGGCCUCUAACUCAUUGUGUAGCCAAAGAUAACCUUGGAUUUUUUUAUCUCUUGCCUCCAUCUCCAGAGGGCUGGGUUUAUAGGAGUGCACCACUGCACCUGGUUUUAUAUGGCACUGGAGGUUGAAUCCAGUACUUCCAUGUGUUUCAGACAAGCACUCUACCCUAGUGAGCUCAGUCCCCAGCCCUCAUCAGUAUCUUUUAAAACAUAAUGUAUGCUUCAAAUACAUUACCUAGAGAAAAUAUCUAGGAUGCAUUCACAAACAACAUAGAACAUUUGCCUGCAGUUUUCUGUAAAAGCUGCAAGAAUAUCUUGUCUGCUCCUAGUAAUACUGAGAAGUGGAGAUGAGGUCAUAGCCCUGCUGAAUAAGCUGAGGUCGUGCUCUCACAUUUAGCUUGAUCUUUUGAUUGCAUCUAUAAACCAAUGCUCUGCCAACUGUCUUUCACAGAAACAUAGCUCACUCUGUUCUGUCAGAGAAGAUAGUGGGAGUGGGUGAAUUCUAAGUGCCAAGGGUGAGUUUUACAUUUAUGAAAAGAAAAUAAUACACAGAAUUGUUCAUUUGGCUUCUAAAGGAUGCAUAUCAAAUGAUUGUUUCUUGAGCUAGAGUUCUGCUAUGUUGCCCUGAGUUUGUUCAAAGGAAGCUUGACUAAGAUGUUUAUUGGCAUACGUCCAGAUGAUUCCAAGGCAUCCAACAAAGGAUAAUAGAUGAUUUCUAAUCACAGACUGUCUACCUGUUAUUUUUCUUUUUUUGGAGUCUCAUUUUUCAUUUGUGCAGUAUAUUCAGGCAUAUCGACUACUGUUGUAUUUAUAUAGAUGUUAGGGAACUUACUAAGCAUUUUAGUAAGUAAAAAUUUGAGUAUGAGAGAAAUGUCAGAUAUGCACUUUAAUUGAGCAUAAUUGCUUGUAGUUGUGCCUGAAAUAUCAAAUUGCCUCCUGUGGGUGUGGCUUUGUUUAGUGAAAUGAAUUUCCCUGUCAAUGUUGCUGUUUGAAGGAAGCUAGCUGUACAGCCUUUCACUGAACUGUAUCCCAGCAUGCCACUUUACCCAUGAUAGCACUAAGUUUUCUUUGAAUGUCCAUUGUCCCUUUUAAGUAUUUUACUCAAUGUAUCAAAGACAACUUGUUUCCAGUAACUGUCAUUUCUGAAAAGUCCCAUGCCAUACAUGGUGUUCCAGACACUGGCGCUCCUCCCAUUUGCCACCAGAGUAAUCUGAUCAGCUUCCUGGGAUGCACUUUGGGAUCAAACGAGCUUAUCCUGCAGGCCAGUAAGACUGCAGCACCAUUUCCACACCCUCCAUUCACACUGUAGCUUCUGUGUUGCUGAGUUAGCUUGGGUAGUUACGUUUGCAUGCUUAAGCACACAUUUGAAAAAAUGAAGUAUCGCCGUAAUAUAAAAACACGAGGUUUUCCUUGGAGAUGGUGGCCUUGCUGUUUUCUUGAUUCUGAUGCUUGAGUUCUAUUUUCAGUUGGUCUUUCCACAGGUCCCUGUGAGUUUCUGCUGCAGCAAUUUGAGAGGAUACAUUUGGAUAGAUGAUUAUGAGGUUUCUAUAAUUAUGUAAUUGAUUAAAGAUUGUGUCUUCACUGUUGAGUAAAAGCCACCCACUUUCUUCUUGGUAGUGCAUUGCCAUGAUAAGUAGUGCUGGCCUUGAGAACUUAGUCAUGACUAAAACCAGAAACAGUAUCUGCAAUGUUGUUUUCCCUGUUGAUUUUACAAUCCAGUUCAGAGUACAUAAUGUAUAUUAGAAUUUGCCUGUAAAAUGAAUUAUGGAAACCAGAUGUAAAGUCUUUCUUGAGCGUGUUGGCUUAGUAAAUAAAAAAUAAAGUUCAUAAUUAUAAAAA